GAACUCUGAUAAUCUGAUCACAUCGUAACGCCGCCAUGAGAGGCCCUAGACGCGAAGAUUUCAGUACGAAUCCAGAAACGCCUAACGUUGGGCUGCCGACGCCGACUUAUCCCGUCGGUGGUCGGAAGAAAGGUGUGGGCGUGAGGCCGUGGUUAGAGCUUCUCUCGACAGGGGAGGCGGAGAUGAAGGAAGACGGAAAACACACCAUCAUGCGCAAAACGGGGUUACCGGCUCGAGAUCUUCGGAUUCUCGAUCCACUGUUGUCGUAUCCAUCCACUGUUCUGGGUCGAGAGAGAGCGAUCGUCAUCAAUUUGGAGCAUAUUAAGGCAAUCAUCACCGCGCAAGAGGUUUUGCUGCUGAAUUCCAAGGAUCCUUCCGUGUCACCCUUCAUCGAAGAGUUGCAGAGGCGGAUUAAGUGCCACCAUCACGCCACUAAACCCCAGGAGGAAGAGAACUCUGAGGGAGAGACUCAUACGAGUGUGGAUCCCGGCCAAGGAGAAUCUGGAACGCCAAAAUUUGAGGACCAAGGGAGUGAAGCCAAGAAAGAUGCGAAGCAAAGUCUUGAGAAUCAAGAUGGAUCCAAGGUGCUUCCUUUUGAGUUUGUUGCUCUGGAAGCAUGCCUUGAAGCUGCAUCCAGCAGUUUGGAAAGCGAGGCCGUAAGAUUGGAGUUAGAGGCUCAUCCAGCCUUGGACAAGCUUACUUCCAAGAUCAGUACCCUCAACUUGGAGCGGGUUCGACAGAUUAAAAGCAGGCUGGUUGCAAUAACUGGACGUGUUCAGAAGGUUAGGGACGAACUAGAACAUCUGCUAGACGAUGAUGAAGAUAUGGCUGAGAUGUAUCUUACAGAGAAAUUAGCUCAGAAACUUGAGAAUUCGUCAGCUUCCUCUAUGAAUGAGAGUGAAUCCGUCGAGAUUGAUCUUCCUGAAGAAGACGAGGACGACAGGCUUCCUCCCGAAUUUGCAUCAGAGGCUAACAGAGAUGAAAGCUAUCUUCGAGCAAAUGAUGCUCACGAUCUUCUUAUGAGUGCUCAUAGCGCACUUAGCAGAAAUAGCCGUGGAACUCAUACAAGCUCAACCCGGAGUGCCAUAACCAAUAAAUUCGAUGUUGAAGAGCUUGAGAUGCUUUUGGAAGCUUAUUUCGUGCAGAUCGAUGGUACACUGAACAAACUAUCAACACUAAGGGAAUACGUGGAUGACACAGAGGAUUACAUCAACAUAAUGCUAGAUGACAAACAGAAUCAGCUUCUGCAAAUGGGUGUGAUGCUAACUACAGCUACUCUGGUGAUGAGCGCAUUUAUCGCUGUUGCUGGAGUAUUUGGAAUGAACAUUACCAUAGAGCUGUUCAAUGAUGAAAAAGCAGGUCCCGGAAGAUUCCUUUGGACUGUGAUUGGAGGUACUGUCGGGAGUAUAUUCCUCUAUGUUGGUGCGAUCGGCUGGUGGAAGCACAAGCGCUUGCUUGAAUGAAUCAAAACCAACAUAUUGGGUGAAUAAUGUCUCUUGCCUUUGUACAUCAACUAGAAGUUUUUUUUUUCUUUCUUGAGGAUCUUACAGUUGGAACCUUUUAUCCGUAUCCUGCACUCAUUGCAAACUUCUAUAUUAAAGCAGAGCAAAUUGCCAUCAAAA